AUGGCUAACAACGUGACCGCUACCAGAGAAGCUACAAGGCGUACUCACACUUACAGUUUUCAUCGCGAAGGCUUGAUUCAGUUGGGGCAAUUGGGUGGAUUGAUCAAUGGUCAUAAUAAAACUGUGUUCACUGAGAAUUAUGGAAACAUCUUGACUCUUUUGGACUCACACGUCGACGAAUGGGGUUUAUCUACUCCUCUCCAAUUCUAUGAUCCUGACUUGCGUUGUUUCACCUUCUCAGGCUAUCAGUUGGCUCCCACUCUCGAGGAGUACUCUCACUUCCUCAAUAUCAAGAUCCAACACAAGGUUCCUUUCGUUUGCGUCCCAGAGAAACCUGAUUUGGACCACAUUGCCAAUGCUCUUUAUUUGAGCAUUGGAGAUGUUCAUGGAAAUUGGAAAAAGAAUGGUAGCACUCAGGGUUUCUAUAUGAGUUUCUUGGUUGAGAAGGCCCAAGAGUUGGCUAACAAAAAGAUGUGGGAGGCCUUCAACGCCCUUCUGGCCGUUUUGAUUUAUGGGAUCGUGAUGUUCCCUAACAUUCACAAGUUCGUUGAUCUGGCUGCUAUAUGUCUUUUUGUGGAGAAGAAUCCGGUCCCUACUUUGCUAGCCGAUACGUACUAUUCUGUUCACUCUCGAUAUGGGAAAGGAGGAGCCAUAAGAAAUUGUUUGCCGUUGUUAUACACCUGGUUUAAGUCCCACCUACCUACAAGUGGUCCUUUCGUUACUUCUACUCAGAAAUGGCAUCAAAGGAUCAUGGGGCUUACUGGAAAUGACAUUGUCUGGUGUCCUACUGGGAUGGACGUAGAGAAAGUUAUAACUAGCUGUGGUACUUUUGACAAUGUUCCCCUCAUAGGAACAAAAGGUGUUAUCAAUUAUAAUCCUAAGCUAGCGCUGCGUCAAUUGGGUUUUGCACUUGAAAACAAACCUUUAGACAAAGAAAUAUUUGAAUCUGUUUGCUUUGAGAAGGGAACCGAUCUAAAAGGUUUAGAAGAAGUGAUGAGUGCUUGGAAUGACAUCCAUACAAGUGAUCAGAUUUCUCUAGGUGGAAAGAAUGCCGUUGCCAAACAAGCCUACACGGAUUGGGUUGAAAAUAGAGUUAAAGAUCGCUUGUUGCCUUUCCCGAAGGUUAACCCGUUGUACGAGCAACCACCUAAGAUUUCAAUUGCUACUGUGCCUGCUGAGAAAUGUACCCAGGCAGAUAUGGAAGGCACCCAACUGCACGAAAAGAAGACGGAUACGCCGCCGAAACAUCGUCUUGUGGACCAGAAAAGGGUUGAGUUGACACAUGAGGCCAAGGUGCUGAAAGAAGGAUCUUUGAGAGUUCAAAAGAGGGCUAGAACGGAAAAAGGUGAAAGAGAUACUACUAUUGGUUUGGAAGAUGACAAACGUAAUGGCAGAGGAAGAAGAGUGUCAUUUGGCAUGGAAGACAAUCGUAAAGAGCAUGUGAGAGAGAGCUUGGAGAUGGAGGAGAUAUCUGCAACUAGCUUAGAUAAUGAAGACACCAGUAGUGACUGA